CGUGCCUCAGCCGGUCCAGCUGUCCAGCCCGGUCCGAUCCCUGGUCCAGCUGUCGGACCCGCCCAGUCUGAGCUGGGAGCUCCUCCUGCUCUUCCUCUCCCUCCUCCUCCUCCUCUUCCUCCUCAGACCCGAUGAGCAGCCGGACCGAGCGGAGGAUGUUGUCACCUCAUUCUGCUACCUCACCCCCCACCUCCUCAAGCUCCCCUAGCACAGUGACCUCUGACUCCAGACAUGUUGCCAUGGAGACCUACUGGAGAGAGGUACAGAGCAUCGAAGAGGAGCAGGAGGGGGAAGAAGAGGAAGAGGUAGAAGAGGAGAGGAAGAGCAUGGAUGAGGCGGAGCUGGAGGAGGCAUGGCUGACGGAGGCGGGGCUUUCCUCCCUGGUCGUGGGCUCUUCAUCAACAGAGACGCCACCUGUGGUGGAGGCAGUGCUGUCCACAUUGACACGGCAACAAGCCGCUACAGUGAGGAAGAGGCUGGACAACUACAAUGAGACGCUGAGGAAAAGGAACCGGCAGCCAAUCAGAGACGUGCGUGACGUCUUCACUGAGCCUGAGGCUGACUCUACAGACCACAGCCCGUUCCCGACCCAACAGCACCCAGAGCCGCCUCCACGGCGGUACCACACCACAACCAAGACCAUCCGCCGCAGCACAAACAGAGGGCGGUCCACUCUUCCCGUGUUUGUUUUUGAGGACCAGCUCCCUGAAGACCCGUCCUCCCCCGCGCCCACUCCCUCCCCCUCCUCGGCGGUGAGUCGACUGAGAUGUGCCGAUUGGCUGCUGCGCGACACUCCGUACUCAGAGGGCGUGGCGGAGCACAAACGGGGAGAGACAUGCAGGGAUUGCGUCCGUUUCCAUGGAGAUGAGAGCAGUGAUCUGCAGUUUGCCCCCGCCUCUCCGUCACACGGUCUCACCUGUACAGACGACCUGUCGUCACGCGACCUCACACGCCUAGGCUUCAUCGCUCACAUCGAACUCUCCACCUUCCUGCUGGCUCUGGGAGUCCAAAGCAAACGCAGCCGGCCGCCGCACCGCAGGACUCGGGACAGCGGCGUGUUCGGCGUCUCGCUGAACUCUCUGCUGGACAACGACAGGAAGAGGUUUCCUGGAGUCAAAGUGCCUGUCUUCUUCCAGAAGUUGUUGGGCGUCUUGGAGCAGAGCGGUCUGCAGACUGAAGGAAUCCUUCGAGUUCCAGGAUCAGCUGCCAGACUGAAGUUCUUGAGAAGGGAGCUGGAUCGGUGCUGGAGUACCUUUGACUGGACCGACAUGCGGCCGGUGGACGCCGGCGGACUGCUGAAGCUCUUCAUCAGAGAGCUGCCGACGCCGUUGCUGACACACACACACCUGUCCACCUUCUGCUCUGUCCUGGGCGUGUCCUCUGAGGCCCACCAGGUCCAGGCUCUGCAGCUCCUCCUCCUGCUCCUUCCUGAAGCUCACAGAAACACGCUGAGGGCCCUACUGCUCUUCCUCCGGAAGGUGGUCUCUCAUCAGGACCACAACCGGAUGUCUCUGUGGAACAUCUCCAUGGUGAUGGCUCCCAACUUGUUCACUCACCAUAACCAUAGAAACAAGCGCUCCAUCACCAAGCAGAAGGAGGAGAUGGAGGAGGCGAUGGGCGGAGCACGGCUGAUCGGACUCAUGAUCCGGCACCAGGACCUGCUGUGGACCCUCCCGAGGUUUCUCCUGGCCCAGGUGAGACAGAUGAACCAGGCGUCCAGUCAGAGACAGUUCAACCUGAGCAGGACAACGUCCCGACUGCUGAGGAGGAAGAAUGACAAGAACGAAAGGAACCUGGUCGGCGAGCUGUCUGAAGGGGUCAUCCGGGUUCACGCGCCGCUGCACACCAAGGUUUCCAUGGCGAUCCAACUCGACGAACAGACGACCGCCAGAGACGUGACAACCCGCUUCCAGUCCGAGUCCAGCCCCACCCAACACCUGUACGAGGUCGGAGGAAACAUCUAUGAGCGCCGCCUGCAGCCGGACUGCUGCCUGCUGGACGUCUACAGGGUCAACCCCCGCUGUGAUUGGCUGAUCAAGCCCUGAGCUCACCUGUCUGUUACCUGCUCAUGUUGUAAUAAAAGCCUGAACCUGG